AUGAAUCUAUCUACCUCAGUCUCUUCAAUCUAUCUCUAUCUAUCCCCGUCUAUCUAUCCCCGUCUCUUCAAUCUAUCUCUAUCUAUCCCCGUCUAUCUAUCCCCGUCUCUUCAAUCUAUCUCUAUCUAUCCCCGUCUCUUCAAUCUAUCUCUAUCUAUCUAUCCCCGUCUCUUCAAUCUAUCUCUAUCUAUCUAUCCCCGUCUCUUCAAUCUAUCUCUAUCUAUCUAUCCCCGUCUCUUCAAUCUAUCUCAUCUAUCUAUCCCUCGUAUCUUCAAUCUAUCUCUUCAUUCUAUCUAUCCCCGUCUCUUCAAUCUAUCCCUCCUUCAUUCUAUCUAUCUAUCCCCGUCUCUUCAAUCUAUCUAUCUAUCUAUCUAUCCCCGUCUCUUCAAUCUAUCUCUAUCUAUCUAUCCCCGUCCCUUCAUUCUAUCUAUCCCCGUCCCUUCAUUCUAUCUAUCUAUCUAUCCCAGUCUCUUCAAUCUAUCUAUCUAUCCCAGUCUCUUCAAUCUAUCUAUUUAUCUAUCUCAGUCUCUUCAAUCUAUCUAUUUAUCUAUCUCAGUCUCUUCAUUCUAUCUAUUUAUCUAUCUGUUGUGGUAG